GAAAUUGAUGUAGAUGAUUUCUCACUUUGCCUAUAAAUUGUCCACUUGCAUGUGUUUUCUUAAAUUGCUGUGCGUUGAGCUCUCAGGGCCACCGUAGUUCCCAAUUUUAACAGAGUGGAAAGAGUUAAACGAAACCAGGAAGUGGAGCAGAGCAGCAGGGGGAGGGGCCAUCGGCAGCGUCAUCAAGCUGAAAUGAAACUCAACGAGGAAAGUUACAGUUUGCUCGUCACUUCAAGCUGCUGCUUUUGAAACUCUCUAACUUCACAGAUAUGUCAUCGGCCAGCUGUCGUCUGUCAGAGGAGAGGUUUCUGUGUUCCAUCUGUCUGGACGUGUUCACAGACCCAGUCUUGAUCCCGUGUGGGCACAACUUCUGCAGCACAUGUAUCAACACGUACUGGGACAACAGGGACAUUUGCCAGUGUCCGAUGUGCAAUGAGAAAUUCUCCACAAGACCUGAACUUCGAGUCAACACUUUCAUCUCAGAGUUAGCUGAUGAGUUUAAGAAGUUGGUUCAAGUCAAGACCUCAACUCCAGGCCCACAGCUUUCGGCGGUUGAUGUUCUUUGUGACAUCUGCUCUGAGAUAAAAGAUAAGGCCGUUAAAUCUUGCCUGACCUGUCUGACUUCUUUCUGUGAGUCACACCUGGAGCCUCAUCAGAGAGUUGCUGGGCUCAAAGGCCACACAUUAUUAGAGCCAGUGAAGAAUCUUGACGACAGGAUGUGCAAGACACACAACAAGAUGACCGAGCUGUACUGCUUGAAGGAGCAGGCCUUCAUUUGUGUCCUGUGUUUUAUUGCCCAUCACAAGGGUCACAACGCUGUCCCCCUGGAGGAGCAAUAUGAAAAAGUUGCGACAACAAAAGACGAGGCUCAGGCAAACAUCCACAAGUUGAUACAAACACGGAUUGAGAAGAUAGCUGAGGUUGAAAAAGUACUCCAUGUCAGCCCGGUAGAUUCUGAAAAAGAGAAACAAGCCGCCGUGCAGGUGUUCACCGAGUUGAUCCAGUCCAUUCAGGCGAGCCAGGCCGAGCUAGUUGAGGCGAUCGAGCAGAGGCACAGUGCAAUAAAGCAAAAGGGUGAGGAGUUUCUCAAAGAACUGAGGAGGGAAGUGACUGAGCUCCAGAGCCGAAGCAGUCAGCUGGAACAUCUGUCACAGUCAGAGGAUCACUAUCAUUUCCUCCAGAGCUUCCAGACCUUGUCCAAACCUCCACACAAGAGCUGCACCGAUACAGAUCUCUGCCCUGACCUGUCUUUCCAGGCAACGCGAGGACACCUGACUCGGCUGAAACAAAGAGUCGAUGAAAUAAUGGAAGAGAUUCCUGAGAUCAGAAUGAAAAGAAUGAGAGAGCACGCGGUCGACUUGACCCUUGACCCUGACACUGCAUUUUACUCACUUGUCAUAAGCGAAGACGGAAAACAAGUUACAGAAGAAGACAACAUUGAAGAGGAUGAAGUUAUCGACAAUCCAAAGAGAUUUGUUAUAUGUUGUGAGGUUUUGGCAAAAGAGGGAUUCACGACAGGCAAGUUUUACUUUGAGGUGCAGGUGAAAGGAAAGAUAAGUUGGAUCAUUGGCGUGGUCAGGGAGUCGGUGGAUAGAAAGACCAACACAAGUGCUUCAGUUGAAAAUGGAUAUUAUACCUUUUCAUUGUAUGAGGGCAAAUAUCAAACAACUGCAGACUCAAAACCUGAAAUAUUGAAAGAAGAGCUUCAGAAGUUGGGCGUCUUUGUAGACUACACCAAAGGUGAGGUGUCUUUUUACAAUGCAGACUCUAAAUCACGAAUCGGUUGUAUUACGGGCUGCUGUUUUACAGAGAAACUUUAUCCGUACUUCUGCCCUCAGUGGAAUUAUAAUGAAAGAAACUCCGCCCCUCUCAUCAUUACACCUGUACCUCAAACUCACUAGUCCAACCGUCCCAUUCUGGAGAACAUGAAACCCAUGAACACUAAGUGGGAAUUUCUUUAAAUUCGGUACAAACGUUCACUUGGACUCAAGAAUGAACUGGUUAGAUUCUGGUUGCCACUCGUCAGACGUCACGGUGGCCUCACAGAACAAUAAAUGAGAAACUGUCAAAGGGACCCCAUAUAAAUCUAAAGUACAAAGUGCAGUGUUUCUAGUUAUUGUGAUUGUCUGAUCCUUUUAUAUAAGAAUGAAAAAGUUUACUGUCAUAAUGUGGUGUUGGUUUAAUUCCAAUAUUUUUCAAGUGUUUCAAUCGUUGAAAUAUUGAGAUAAUAAACUGCAUAUAUACA